AUGACAGGUAAAGUAGGUGAAUUCUCACUCACGAACAAAGUCGCUGUUGUGACUGGAGGCGGAUCGGGAAUCAAUCUUGAAUAUGCCCGACGCAUUCAUGCACAGGGCUGUCACGUCAUCAUUGGAGACGUCCGGCUUGUUGAGGAGUCGAAGUCUUGGUUACAGUCUGUAAAGGACGAACCCACGAAAGCACUGUACCAAAAGACAGAUGUCAUUAAUUGGGACGACCUGAAAGCUUUGAUAAAUCGAGCUCAUCAAGAAUUUGGAAAGAGCCCUGACCUCUAUGUCGCUGGUGCGGGAGUAUUCGAACCGAGCUUCUCCAAUUUUUGGGAGGACCCCGAAUCGGAUUUCUACCGAGAAUUAGCGAUAAAUACCGCGCAUCCGAUUAAAUUAACCCGCAUGGCAAUCCAAGAGCUUCUCCCAAACCGUAAGAAAGGCGUCGUGGUAAUCGUCGGCUCCGUUGCUGGUCAGGUUUAUGACUUGUCGGGUCCAAUAUACGUUGCCUCCAAGCACGCAGUCUCUGGGUUCACGAGGAGUUUGACUUUGUUGGAUGAGAAAUACGGCAUAAAGGUUGUUUCACUUGCUCCUGGGCCAGUGAAAUCGCGGCUUUUUACCGACAGGCCAGAAUUCAUGAAGAUGCACGGAAUCACCGAUGAGAUUUCAAUGACGCCUGGCGAGAUGGCCGACGAAAUGGUGAAUCUGACUACAUCAGCGCAGUAUGGUGGCGGCACAGUGCUAGAAGUCAUGAAAGGAAUGCCGCCACGAAACGUCCCAGGGUUCAACGCCGAUCCUCCGGCUGGAAUGCACACUGAGCAUGUUGUAACGAAUGCAGUGAAGAAGGUGUUUGAUCUACUGGACAAGGAAAGGGAUGGUGGAUCAGAAUAG